AACCCAUCUAACUUGUUUACAAAAGUAUAAUUAGUAUAAACCACAAAAACACUAUCAAAUUUUCUAUAGAGUACCUAAUUAUUAUCAAGAAAUUUAUGAAUAUUUGAAUUUAUUAUAUAAUUCAUAUACUGUUUAUAGUCUAUAUUAUGACCGUAUCACCGUCACGGUGGUCGGUGACAAUUUUCUAUUCGCACAGUCGCUGAGAAUCACGAUUUCCUAUUGCUGCGAGUAUAACAUUAAAAUUGGUAAUAACUAAUAAGGAUUUGGGUACUGAAUAUCGGGUUACUUACUUCGACAUUUAGCUGUAAUAACAAUUUGGAAUCAAUCAUCACUCAUCAGUAUUUUAUAUUUUGUUGGAUUAAUGAUGUAAUACUUUAAUAGUGAAAGGAAUAUGCAUGGAAAUGUGUCCAAAAGAGGAAACAAUUAUGAGAAAAUCUAAGAAACUUGUACACCAGUUAGAAUGUGACCCACAUAAAAUGGUUAAAUGUUUUAGCCGUUCAGCUGCUGGUAAUUUAUUAAGCAAACCUCAUAUUUUAAGGCCGCCAUCAGUUCUUAAGAAUACUAUAUCAUAUCUCUUAAAUGAAAUUCUCACAAUUACUAAUAUACCGUUCAGUAUUAUUUAUGAUUUUAUUGAUGACCGUUUAAAUUCUAUAAAACAAGAUGCCACUAUACAAGAAGUGUCUAACCAAGAAUGGAUGGCUAUUUUACCACCUAUUAUUCGGUUUCAUGCAUUUGCAGCCUACAAAUGUUACGAAUAUGAUGUUAACACAUUUGAUCCAUUUUUAAAUUUGAAGCAUUUUCAUGAAAGCAUUUUUAAAAUUGUUAGAAUAUUUUUAGAAGACUCUGACGAAUCAACAGAUGAACUUUGUUUUGAGAUGGUAUCUCUCCUAAUUGUUACUAAUUUAGGUGAUUAUAAUGUUCUUCAACAAGCUUUGCCGUUUAUCACAAAGAAAAGUACAUUGAUAAAAAAGGCAGUGUUAUUAUCAUUGAGUAUUAUGAAUGGUAAUUUUGGACACUUAUUUGAAAUAUACAAUACACUUCCAGCAAUACAUCAGUGUGUUAUUAGUGUACAAUUACCAAUGCUUAGAAGGAACAUAUUAAAAUCAAUGUGUAUGGGUUUUAAUUGCAAAAAUAAUUACUUUCCAAUUUCAAUCUUAACUAAAAUUUUGCUGCACAAUAAAGUUCAAGAAACCAUUAAAGAGUGCCAACAUUACCAUUUAACUGUGAAUGGUGAUAAAGUGGAAUUAUCUAAGUCUUUAUUUAAUAAUGAAGUUGAUGAGUUACAUCUGAAAAAAGAGAUCAAAUUCAAUGUUAAUGUAUCAAAGAUAGUUCUUAAUAUUUAAAAACAUGAUAUUUUAAAUGUUUGUUUAAUUAUAUGAUAUUUAAUGAAUUA